AUGAAGCCUCCAGCAAAGCCGAAGGUCGGGAGCUUCCAGGCUAUGGGGCUCGGCCAGGACCUCUUUCGUGGGAUCAUGGCCAUGGGCUACAAGGUUCCUACGCCGGUGCAGCGGAAAUCUCUCCCCGUCACCCUCGCCGGCGCCGACGUGGUGGUCAUGGCAAGGACCGGUUCGGGAAAGACGGCCGCGUUCCUCAUCCCGGUGCUGGAGAAGCUCGGCAGCCACAGCCACAAGAUGGGAGCUCGCUCCAUCAUUCUGUCGCCAACGCGAGAGCUUGCCGUCCAGACGCUGACGUUCGCGCGCAAGAUGUCGAAGCUGAAGGACUUGAGGAUGGCCCUUCUCGUCGGCGGGGACAGCAUGGACAAGCAGUUCACCGCCCUCGCGGACAACCCAGACAUCAUCAUCGCCACGCCCGGCCGUCUCAUGCACCACCUGCAGGAAGUGCCCGAGUUCACCCUCCGCAGCGUGGAGGUGGUGGUGUUCGACGAGGCCGACAGGCUGUUCGAGAUGGGCUUCGCCGAGCAGCUGCGGGAGAUCAUGCGCGGCGUGCCCGAGGAGAGGCAGUCGCUCCUCUUCUCCGCCACGAUGCCCAAGCAGCUCGUGCAGUUCGCGAGGGCCGGCCUGAAGGACCCAGUCCUCAUCCGCCUGGACACGGAGAGCAAGAUCAGCACCGAGCUCAGCCUUGCUUUCCUGACCUGCCGAAGCCUGGAUAAGCCCGCCGCGCUGCUGUUCCUUCUGAGGGAGGUGAUACCGGAGGGUGACAUGACCAUCGUCUUCGUUGCCACUCGUCACCACGCCGAGUUUCUGCACGAGCUGUUGAAAGAGGCUGGCACUGCAAGCAGCGUCGUAUACGGGGCCAUGGACCAGGAAGCCCGGUCUAUCCACCUCGACAAGUUUAGAAAGGGAAAGACGAAGCUUCUCGUGGUGACCGAUGUCGCGGCCCGUGGAAUCGACGUCCCCCUCCUCAACAACGUGAUCAACUACGCCUUCCCUCCGGCCCCGAAGCUGUUCGUCCAUCGCGUCGGCCGCGCUGCGCGACAGGGCCGGACAGGAACGGCAUACAGCAUCGUGGACCCGGAAGAGAUCCCGCACAUGCUGGACCUACACCUCUUCCUGGGGCGUAAGCCUACCAACGUUUACACCGCGCCCAAGGGGCCGGGUCCGGAUGGCGCCACCGUGGACGGCGUCGGUGCUGGAGGGGGUGACGCGGAGGAGCAGGAAGGGGAGAGAGGGGCUAUCGUCGGGUACGAUGUGUCGGAGCUUAACCCGGACCUGGUACACUACGGAAACUUUCCCCAGCAGGUGAUGGACGAUGAGAACGAGUCCCUCAAGGAGAUGCUCGGAAACUCGGGCUCCAACCUCUCCGGGCUGGAGCGGGUGUGCCAGAAUGCCAUGAAGCAGUACAGAAGGACCAGGCCCGACCCCUCCGGGCGAGCCAUCGCGAGGGCCAAGCUGCUGGACAGGGGGGAGACGCACCCCCUGCUGGUGGGCUUCGAGGCAAGGGGCAUGCACUCCGCGGCCGCGCACGCCGGCCGCAACCAGUUCAUGCGUGCGAUGUCAAGCUUCCGUCCGAAGGAGACGAUCUUCGAGCUCCUCGGCGGCGGCGGCACGGAGGCCAAGGGGGACAUGGACCAGGUCAUGGGCGCCGUCCGCAAGAGGGCCCGCGUCCACAGGCUGCUCACACGCAACGAGACCGCCGCCAACGAAUCAGAAGCAUCGGUGGCGGCGGCGGCGGCGGAGGGGGACGGCGGUGACGCGGUCGAGGCGAUGGAAGUGGAAGGUGGGGGCGGUGACCACGUCGAAGUUCCCCCUUCUUCGGUUGCGUCCGGCACUGCUGCUGCUGCUGCUGCUGCAGCGGCGGCGGCGGAUUUAAGCGGCGUUUCAGGGGUACGAAACGGCGGGAGCAGUAGCGAGGGGGCGGUGCCGGCGGCGACCGGCGUGAAGCGGAAGAAGCUGUCUCGCUUCGAGCGCAAGAGGCUCAAGAAGGCCAAGGGGGGCGACGGUGGGGGGCGGAAUGGCGGGGGAGAUUCGUUGGCGGGGCUGGAGGAUGAGUUGGAGAAAGAGGAGGAGGAGACGGCGGCGGGCGGCGGCGGGGGCGGCGGUGGUGGUGGUGGUGUCGGGGCGAUGGGGAACGGGGGCCCCGGGAGGUUCGCCGACAAGGCGUUUUACAUCGGAUACGGCACGACGGAGGCAUCUUCGUUCGUGGAGGCGGCCCUGCAGCCGAGAUCGGUAGAAAAAUCGGGGGAUGGCUUCGCCGCCGGUCGUCUGGAGGAGGCUAUUCUGGACGUGAAUCCCGACGAGGCCGUGGACAUGGCCAAGAAGCAGCGGCUGCUGCACUGGGACUCCCGGAAGAAGAAGUUUGUCAAGACCACCCUGGCAGAGCUCAGCGAGAGAAAGACGGGCGGGUCAAGGAAGAUCAGGACCGAGAGCGGAGAUGCUCUCGGAUAUUUUGCCCCUUAA